GCAUACCUCCAUGUAUAAACAAGGAAACGAGUUAAACACGUUCGUCAUCGACUGUCUGGAAGAUUUUGUCAAUUAUGUCAAAGCUUUCUGUAACUGUACUCAUCCUCUCGUUGGCUUAUAUUAUUGCCGCGACUCCUUUACCAGGACGUCGAAAUGUCUGCAGUAGGCAAACCUCAUGUGUGAGGACACGUCAAGCUUCGACCCAAGAUUCUUUCUCUAUUAAAGGUUAUCGCAGCUGUGGUUGGUGGGGUUGGGGACGUUGUACUACUUACAGACUUGAGUAUAGAGUACGAUAUUACGUACAGUAUUACCGUGCCUAUUCAACAACCUACUACUGCUGCAAUGGAUGGCUGGAAGAUGCAUAUGGACGCUGUACAAUUCGUGUAGGCCAGGCAGAGCCCCGAGGGGAGCCAGUCCAGUAAGAAAGAGGGAGCUUGAAGGUGCGAGCUGAGUGAGAGUCUCGGGAAGAGCACCUGUAUGAGUGCAAGGGGUGAAUUCCCCUUACACCUCUAAGAAUUUCAUUAAUUUGAGUUUGUAUUUGAUUGACUUUUACUACUUAGCAUAGUAAUUUUCUGAUAAGUUUUACACAAAAAAAUUACAAAAAAACAGAAGGGGAGUACGCCCAUUGUGCCCCCUCUAAAUCCGCCACUGGGCCCGAUGAUGUAACAACAAAGCUGUCACUAUAACGAUCGAGUCAAGAACUAAUAACUGCAAUAAAAAUGUAUUAAUCAAUUACAGAUAGAUAUACAUUGCAUAAUGUCAGUUAUGAAUAGUAUUUUGUCAAUAAAGUUAAGCAAUGGUUUAUUAUCAAAUAGUAUUCUAUGACUAUUUUAUAUUAGCAUUGUACAUAUUUUCAAAUAACUUCUUGUAUUAUUAUAAUUUGACUGGCUUAUUGUUCAUAAUUAUCGGGUCAAGAACCAAAAAAAAA